CACAAAUAUGUCGAUUUUGCGUCAUCAUAUCGUGAACAUCUCUCAAACGGGGAGGACGUGGGAUGAAAGUGUGCAGUGCUUAACUAGAAACAUUAUAUAUUUUUCAAAUGUUUCUAAUAUCGAAAUUAUAAAGUACAAAGUUAUAGGAUAGGUUCCUCGUAGAGGCGCCGCCAUCAUGGCGUCGGACGAACAAUUCUCAUUAUGUUGGAACAAUUUCCACGCGAAUAUGUCAGCAGGCUUUCAUGGCCUGCUGUCGCGUGGAGACUUAGUAGAUGUAACGUUGGCUGCCGAAGGCAGGUUAUUACAGGCACACAAAUUAGUUUUAUCAGUAUGUUCUCCCUAUUUUCAAGAAAUGUUCAAAAUGAACCCAACUCAACAUCCUAUAGUAUUUUUAAAAGAUGUUAGUCAUUCUGCGUUAAGAGACUUAUUACAGUUUAUGUACCAAGGUGAAGUUAAUGUUAAGCAAGAAGAAUUAGCGUCGUUUAUUAGUACAGCGGAACAACUUCAAGUGAAAGGUUUAACCGGUAAUCAAAAUGAAGACAGUUCCACGCCAUCAAAACCAAAGCCGACUUCAAGGCCAGGCCCGAGGUCGUCACAACAAAGGCAAUCUGUUAUGAAGUUAGAGACUGAUUUAGAUUCUAAGCCCUCCUCAACUCCAGUAGCAAUUAAGCGACCAAAUAGGCCAUCAAUAGCAUCAAAUAACUCUUCAUCUUCACAAAGUGGACCUGCGAAACGGAAAUGUGUAGACCCAUUAGAAGCCGGGCCAUCUGGUUCUGCGAAAGAAGAAUUCGUAACGAUACCGGAUGAGGACGAAAAUAACGCUGUAGCACCGAAAAUGGAACCUGAAUUUGUUAAUGAAAGCAUGUGGGAUGAUGACGAAGAUGGCGCUAAUAAUGACGAAACAAAUUUCGGCGAAGACGACUCUAAUAUGGAAAUGACUGGUUUUGAUGGUUCGGCAACUGGCGAUGGUAAUAUGAGUGGAGGAGGCGAUGGUGGAGCUGUAGGCGAUGCACAAGCGCGUUUCAUCCGGGCUGGCAAAGGUCGUCUGCUCCUGCAUCGAGGUUACACAUUUCGUUUGAAGAACAACUUGGCACACGGCCGCAAGCAGUGGUACUGUUCUUCGCGGUUGACUUCACGUUGUCUUGCUGACGUUAACACCGAAGGGCCGGAAGGACACGAGCGUAUCGUCCGUUCACGUUACGCUCACAACCACGCGCCUCCCAACGUGCGUCGUUUCGCGGACGGCCGGUACGUGGUCCGAACGCCGCACCAGAGCGGGCACCGCGCGCCAGCUCCCAUGGACCCGCACCAUCAGCUGCUGCAGUUGCAGCACGCCCUGGCACUGUACGCGGCGACUGCCCACGCCACUGCAACCGCUAACGCCUCGGCAGCAAUAACCACCACCUCCACUGGCUCCUCCGCGCAGCCCUCGCCGAACCUAAAUACCUCACCGAAUCACGCUCUGCCGCCCAAUGCGCAACACCAGGUGGCUGCCAUGCCACUUCUCGUUGAUACACCCUGCAAAGAGGAAGACUAACUCUUAUUACUAUCUAAAUUUUCUCUAUACUCGAGGUUCGAGUAUGUUCACGAUUUUGGUUUAAUCGAUAUAUUAACGAUAUGGUAAAUUUAUCAAUCAUUCGAUAUUUUCUGAACGCCUUUUGGCACACCAGUUAUAGCAUAAAUUAUGUAGAUUAAUUGUAACGUUAAUUUAAGGGGAUAAGGUAUCGUUUAGGAUUCAGCGAUGGCUAUUGUUGGGGUUUAUUAAUCAUCGGUAACGUGAAUGUAUGUUAAACAUAGGUGUUGUGGUGUUUUGAAUGUUAUGACCAGUGAAGGCAACAAAGGGACGACCAGAAAUACCAGUAAGUUUUGAGGCACGUAGGUUAGGCGGUCUCUACGAGACCUAAGAGGUUAUAGGUGUGGGUUAUUUAUGGAAUCAAAUAAGGAAAAUAAGAAUGUUAAAUGUGUAAGAACUUUCUGAAUGUGUAUGGUGUCAUCUCUUAUCGAUGUCAAGAUUAGAUAGGUGGUUAUUAUCCGGAAAUUGGUCGAUUUUAGCGUUUUGAUUUAUGGCUCAGUCGAUCCGUGCAGCAUCAUCCGAGAAAAUGUAGCGCUAAACAGAUAGAGGGGGUACUAGCUGGUCAGGAGAUAGCCGAUAGCCAGACACCGGUCAGGUCAGAGAUGUUGCGUGCGAACUCGAAAAUGACAGUCGAGACGAGAGCGUGGUAAGGCUGCGCCCUGCCUCCGGGCCAGGGUGGCGGCAACGCGUCGGAGACUGAAUGCGGAAACUUUGUUCGAGAAGCAAUAAUAUGUCCCCAUGACUGGUACUUAGAAAUACUAAUUUAUUUUGAGAAAGUAAUUUUACAACUUUUCAGAUAUUGCUACUUAGACAUUUAGAUGUCCGCCUCCUUAAUCUAUAAGAAUAUACAUUAGCUAUUGAAAAUAUAAAAAGUACUCACCUACCGCGGUGAAGAGCCGACUCGUGCGCCGACGGCGCGCACGGUCGACCAACCGCGCAGCCUACAGACAGGCGAUGUUGUGCUCUUCAGGAUUGAUUUAAGUACUUAAGCUCAAUCAACUAGCUACCUCUUCACUUUUUAUACGGGUUUUACAGAUUAGUUUAAUUAUACAAUUUUAUACAUGAUGAAAUACUCAGAAGCUUUACUCGAGUAAGGUGUUAGAUUAAGCACGUAGGUUAGGUUAGCAUAGGGAGCGCGCGCCGGGGCGGCCGUGGCCGCGCAGGGUCCGGCGCGGUUCUACUACCUCUAGUUAACGGAACUCAACUACCUCUUUACUUAGUUUUAACUCGUAUUUCGAUAAAUCGCUGUUGACGACUUUUAAUAUAAUAUAAUAAAUAGGCACUUUUUGAGACUGUUGUCUAAAUAUAUUUUAUGGAUUGUUUUGAAAUAAUUUGUUGCUUGUCAAAUAACUUAUAUUCUUAAAAUCGUGUUCCCGCUUUUAUCUACCACUAUGAUUUAAGUACAAAUUUUACUAAUUUUUAUUGUUAUAAAUGUCUUAUUUACUACGAAUUUGAAGUCUCUUGUGUGCGAUGUCGAUUAAGUGUAUCGUCUUGAUGUUUGAAUCAUGUUCGUUCGAUCGCAUUACUAACUUAGUAGAGUACUUAAAUGGAUGUGGAGAAAUUUGCAUCUUUGUAUUUAUUGCUUGUGGAAUUUUAUGCUGUAUUCCAAAUUAUCUCAAUAAUUUUUCUGGACCACAUCACUGUUGUGAUAUGAUUAUUGUUGAUGCGUUCGUUCUGUCGUUCACAUAUAACUUCUGUCUGAUGUAUGUACCUGAGAUUAAUUACACUAAGCCAAAAAGGAGGGGCAAGGAGCUUCAGCAGCCGUGGCGUAAGCUAACAACUGUAAUUAUAAUGAAUUAAUUGUAAGUUAUCUGUAUAAUACUAUAUUAGAGCAAUGACAAUAUAAGUCAAUUAUUUAAGAUACGAUUUAUGAGUUAGAAUAAUUAGGUGUUUCACAUCAUUCUCACUUUGUAAAUAUUGAUUUAUUAAAAAUGUAUUUCGCAAUAUUAACUUCGCUUGAUAUUUUUCCUCUAAUAUUUGUGACGUUCCAGCCGACAGUUAUCGGCCGUUUGAAGAAAGGAAUGGUGGUUUGUCUAUAUUUGCUCAUGUUGUUAAAUGAUUGAAUCUCUUAGGUAGUGAAUUUGCAUAAUAACGUAUUUAGAUUUGAGAUCCGCUACCGCCACGGCUCCAGCUGACUUCUGAUUUCUGACAGGUUCUGCUCUUGUAAACGUAACUACCUCAUUUACUGUUACAACUCCACAAAAGUCUUAUUCAUAGCGUAAUUUUAUACUUAUACCAUUAUAUUAUAAGAUUUCUUUGGUUCUUGUACGGGGUAUGUUUUGUGAAAUCAUAUUAAAUUGUACUUAUAAAUAA